UCUCUCUCUCUCAGGAUGUGGAUGAUGCUGCCGCGGGUGGCGGUGGUCGGUGCCGGGGCGGCGGGACUCUGUGCAGCCAGACACAUCCUGUCCCGCCGGAACAGCUUCGCCCCCCCGGUGGUGUUCGAGCUCACCGAGAACGUCGGCGGCACCUGGUGUUACGAUGAACGCGUGGGGACGUACGACAACGGGCGGCCGAUUCACAGCAGCAUGUACCGAGACCUCAGGACCAACCUGCCCAAGGAGGUGAUGAUGUUCCCCGACUUCCCCUUUGACCCCCAGCUGAGCAGCUUCCUGCCCCAUCAGGAGGUCCAGAGGUACCUGGAGGAGUACUGCCAGAGCCACGACAUCCGGCCUCACAUCAGGUUCAACACAGUGGUGGAGAACGUGAAGCCCGUUGUCGUGGCAACGGAUGGCGAGGAGGGGAGGACAACGUGGGAAGUGACGUCAUCCGAUUCGUCAUCAUUGGUCGAGGAGACUUCCGACUCGGUCUUUGUCUGCUCGGGACACUACUCGGACCCACACAUCCCAGAUAUUCCAGGGAUAGAGAACUUUAAAGGAAAGCUGCUCCACAGUCAUGCGUACAGGUGUGCAGAGCCGUUCUCAGGUCAGUCUGUGGUGGUUCUGGGAGCCAAAGCUUCAGGGUUGGACAUUUCCAUCGAACUGUCCAAAGUUGGUGCCCAGGUUACUCUGAGUCACAGUCGCCCUCGUUUAACAUUUCCUCUCCCUUCUGGGAUUCAGCAGUCCAGUUCAGUUGUGGCGGUUGAGGAGGAUGGCAGCAUUCGCUUCCAGGACGGAUCCGUGGGCGCGGCUGAUGUCCUGAUGUUCUGCACCGGGUACAACUUCAGUUACCCGUUCCUGGACGCGGCUCAGCUGGGUCUGGAGAUCCAGGACCAUUUGGUGUCUCCACUGUACCGCUUCAUGAUGCCCCCGGCCUUCCCCACGCUCUUCUUCAUUGGCAUCUGCAAGAUCAUCUGCCCCUUCCCCAACUUCAACUGCCAGGUCCAGUUUGCGUUGGCAGUGUUGGACGGCUCCGUCACUUUGCCGUCUCUAGCCCAGAUGGAGGAAGAGGUCCAGGGAGAGCUGCAGGAGAAGAUGGAGAGAGGAGUCCAGCAGCACCACCUGCUGAUAAUGGACCAGGAUCAGUGGGAGUACUGUCGGACGCUGGCUCGUACCGCUGGCUUCCCGCCGCUGCCGCCGGUUGUACGCAGUCUCUACGAGGAGGUGUGGCGACAGCGACGAGUUCACCCAGAAAACUACCGGAGACUCAAUUACAGACUGAUCAGUGACACCCAGUGGGAGCUGAUCGAUUGAUCGAUUGAUCAGCUGAUGGAGAAACAUUGAGAUCACAAAAACACUGAAAGUCAGAGGUGUUGAUUCUCCUCAGUAGUCCCUAUCAAUACUUAGCUAGCUAGUUAGCUAGCAGGCUAACAAUUAUUUAGCUGGUUAGUGUUUGGAUGACAUUAGCUAUCAGAUGUAAAUAGCUGGCUAAUGAUUAAAGAAUUAUUGUAGAGUAUUUAGGUUUUAUUGUAAAGCAGAAACUGGGAUCAGCUGAUGUUUCAGCCUCAGGCCCCAAAGAGCUGAUUAAGGUCUGAGACUGCAGAACUCUGAGUGUCGUAACUUUUGCACAAUAAUGCAAUAAUGUUUUUCAUACUUUAUUUUUGUUCAAUUUACAAUAUAAACGUAACUAUUCGUAACUAAGUUUGCUGUAAAUAUUUAGCAUACAAAUGUAUUUCCUUUGUGACAUUUCAGGAUAAAGAUUAAAGAUAAAAGCCAAAAAAAACUUUAAAAAAAUGGGAGGUGAUAGCGUCUCCACUGAGUCAACGUUCGGGUCGACAGUACAGCCGAGCUGCCGGACCUAAAAGCUUUUCUGGGGGAAACCCUGAACCUGAUUACUCAAUCACUGAAUGGUAGAACCAGAUUAAGGACAUAUGGAUCUGGAUUCUGUCCUGGAUCUGGAUUCCUGGACACUAUUGUAGGUGUAAUGAACACAGCACCUUCAAAAUAACAUUGUACUUUCUACCUCAUUGGUUUCAAUAAAAUGUCUUUGUUAGAAAUUAUUUUAUUUGGAUUUUCGUGGAAGCUUACUCUGCUAGCAGCGCUGUAGAGUUGCAGCCCAACAGACACUUUUAAAUGUUAAGAUGUUAAAAGAAUCAGACACAUCUGAAUCAAAUGAACGUGUAUUAAAGCAUAAAGUGGGUUAUGUAAAAAAUAUAUAUCAAAAUAUAUCAAAUAAGCAUCAGGAUGUGAUUGUGUUUAAGAACAACAAAAAUAUAAUUCAAAAUACUAAAUGACAGCAACUUCUUCUUUAACUUUAACUUAUCUUUAACCAAGAUAACGUCAGCCUUAAAUAUGUCAACAAGGCAGGUAACAGCUGUUCACACUGAUCCUCAAAUAUUAACUAUUUAAAAAAAAACAUAUUAAUGUAAUUAUAUACACAUAUUGGUGUGCUAUAUGGGUAAAAUAUAGUAAAUCAAUGGAUUUAUUGACUACUAAUUGGCAAAAAUCUCAGUUGUAUGUGGUUUAUUCUAUUCUGCCAAUAGAUGCUGCUAAAUGGGUUAAAAAUGGCUUUUAACCCUUUAAGAUCACAUCCUCAGUCACAUUGUUCCCAUAUUUAACAAUGUCUGACA